AUGGGUACCAUCCCAUAUCUAUCACCACCAGAUUUCACAUCUUCUCGCUUCUUGGUCAUCUAUUGCGUUAUUAGUACACUCUUCUGCUUUCGCCUCAUUCAUUUGGCCAAAGUCAACGCUGUUGCACCAGUUGACUGCCCGCAUCCUCUCGCUUCAUUAGCACUGAAUGCCUCGGAGCAUUCCCCCCUUUUCCCCAGGAAAAUAUGGCAGACGUCGAGAACCGGUCCUUCAGGAUUAGAUGAGAAGGACCGCAAGGCCAUUCAGUCAUGGGUGAAGAUCAAUCAGAAGCACCGAUACGAAAUCCUUACACAGUACAGCGCCGAAAGCUACGUCAAGGACCGCUUCUCGCACAGGCCUGACAUCCAAGAGACUUUUGUUGAUCUCCAGGAUCCCAUCUUACGCGCCGAUUUCAUUCGGUAUCUGGUGCUUCUGGGAGACGGCGGGGUAUAUAGUGACAUUGAUACUACGUCGCUGAUACCGAUAGAGGACUGGGUGCCUUCAGCUUACGUCAAUAAGGUAAAUCUAGUUGUUGGCGUUGAAUACGAUAAGCUCGAUGGAGGGCGAUGGGGAGACUGGACCCUUGACCUACAAUUCUGUACUUGGGCAAUCUUGGCAAAGCCUGGGCACUUGUUGAUGGAGAUGGCUGUGGACCGGGUAGUCGCUGGUCUGAAGGCGCUAGCACGACAGCAGGAGACGACAAUUUCUGGCAUCCGCCCAUCAUUUAUGGAGGUCUUGAAUACAACCGGACCCGCACUAUUUACUGAAGCCGUUAUCGAGGGUCUGGCCCAUACCACUGGGACAAAUUUCACAUGGCAUAAUAUCACUGGUAUCACGGAAUCGAAGCUUGUUGGUGACGUGCUUAUACUGCCCAUCAAUGCUUUCGGAUCAGGUCAAGCGCACUCGAAGAGCGGCAGCCCAGACGAAAAUACCGCGCUGGUGCAGCAUCUUUUCAAGGGCUCCUGGAAAGUCGACCACCCGUUCGGCGAGAAGGCCGAGAAGGCUCGAGAGCAGUCUGAUGCACAACAGGGUGAAGCGGAAUCGUCUGAGAAGUCAAGUGAGCAUGGGGAGGAUUCGAAUUCGGAAGAGAAGCAAGAAAAGAAGUACGAGAACAAGCAAGAUGCAAACUAG